CAUGGCAAAAAACUCAAUUAUUUAGACAAAAAAGAACUGGUGGAAGUGAUGAUUUAGUGGAUGAUGAUGAAACUUUUGGAUUUGAUGUUAAAGUUGAAUUAGUACCUGAUAUUGUAUGUGAUCCUUUACCUGAAAUUAUCAGAGAAAAAGGAGAAGAAAUGUUGUUUAAUGAUAAAGAGACUAGUGAUUUUAUCAUUUCUCUUGAAAUUAAUGAAUCUAAAGAAAAUCAAGAAUAUUAUGUUCAUACAAAAGUAUUAUCUUCGAGAUCAGAUUAUUUUAGAGCUCUUUUAGAUUCAAAAAUGAUUGAAUCAAAUAAUGGGUCAUUAAUCCUUAAAGAUAUUUCAGCAAAAACGUUAGAAAUUAUAUUAGAAUUCUUAUAUAUUGGUGAAAUUACUUUAGAAUUAGAAUCUAUCGAGGAUUGGAUUGAUUUAAUAUAUGGAGCAUCUAGGUUUUUGAUUCAUACUUUAGUUCAAAGAUGUGAAAAAGCACUUAAAGAAUUAGUGAAUGAAGAAAAUGUUGAUGAUAUUGAAGCGAUUGCAAGAGAAUGUGGGGCUGAACAAUUAAUAAGGUAUUUUGAUAUGUUAUUAGAUGUAGACGAUGAAGUUACCACUUCUUCCGAUGAAGAUAAAAAUAAAUUGAACGCAGAGAAGAAGAAUGCUAAAAAGAUAACGAAUAUUGGAGUAACUAGUUUAAGAAAUAUUUUUAGAAGAAAGAAUAAGAAAUCGAAGAAGUUACUUAAUUUGGUUUAGAAAAAAAAAAA